GCGGGAAUCGCGCUUAUUGCCGUUCAUAGCAAAGGAAAGUCUCCUGCCCCGUUCAAGCGAAGGGCAGCGGCUUCCUUCUCUUCUCCUGGUCAUAUGCAUUCAACUGUGCACAUGCUCAGUGGCAAUGGAAAGUCGCUAACAAAUAUGUCGGGCUUCGGGCUAUGACUCACUCGCCUACGCAUCUUUUCCAUUAGAUUUCCCGAAGAGCAGCUGAGCAGAGGGAGGGACCCUGGAAGCUGGCUGAGUCAACGGCUGGACCGUUUCCAUAUUAACUGAAUCGCUGUGUUUCCUCUCUCGAUCUGUUGCAUUUACUCGAGUGCUUUUCUCUACUCGCAGGCAGAACACUUCUAGCGGAAAAUACCCACCUCGAUCUGGUUCUGAAACAUGGAUAGCCUCAGUGCAGCCAACACUUCCUUUUCCCUCAACCUUUUCAAGAAGCUAAGUGAAAAGGAUAACACGAAGAACUUGUUUUUUUCUCCUUUCAGUAUUUCUUCUGGUUUGUUAAUGAUCUUUCAGGGUGCAAAAGGCAACACUGCAACGCAGAUUUCAAAGGUGCUAUCUGUGACCCAAGGCUCAGAGGUUCACCAGGGAUAUAAGAAACUUAAUUCUGAAAUCAGCCAACCAGCUGCCAAAUACUUGCUUAAGCAAGCCAACAGGCUGUUUGGAGAUGCAGCAUAUGAGUUUCUUGAAUCAUUUAUAGAUUCCAGUCAGAAAUUUUACCAAGCACCUCUAGAAAAACUUAACUUCAGUAAAGCAGCAGAAGAUUCCAGGAAACGGAUAAAUACUUGGGUAGAAGAACAGACAGCAGGUAAAAUCCAAAACCUGCUUGCCCCAGGAAUAAUUAAUUCUCUCACAAGGCUGGUCUUGGUGAACGCUAUCUAUUUCAAGGGAAACUGGGCAAAUCAGUUCCGCAAAGACUGCACAAAGGAACAGCCAUUCAAAAUUAACAAGAAUGAAAGCAAAACAGUGCAGAUGAUGUAUAAGAAAGCUAAAUUCAACAUGACCUACAUAUCGGAUUAUUGCACCAAAAUUCUUGAGCUUCCUUAUGUUGCUAAUGAGUUGAGCAUGAUCAUUCUGCUUCCUGAUAAGAUUGAAGAUAAUUCUACAGGCCUGGAAAAGCUGGAGAGAGAAAUGACGUAUGAGAAACUCAUGGAGUGGAUCAACCCUGAGAUGAUGGACAACACUGAGGUUGAGCUGUUUCUACCCAAAUUUAAACUGGAAGAAAAAUAUGACCUGAAGCCUGUUCUGAGCAGCAUGGGAAUGACUGAGGCAUUUGACCAAGUCAAGGCAGAUUUCUCUGGGAUGUCCCCCAACAAUGACUUAUUCUUGUCUGAGGUUGUUCACAAAUCCUUUGUAGAAGUAAAUGAAGAGGGAACUGAGGCAGCAGCUGCUACUGCUGGUAUUAUGAUGAUGCGGUGUGCUAUGCUUGUGCCACGAAUUACAGCUGACCAUCCCUUUCUCUUUUUUAUUCGGCAUAACCAAACAGGAAGCAUCCUGUUCUAUGGUCGGUUUUGUUCUCCUUAAAGGAUGAGUGUCUUAUAUGUAUAGUACAAACAGUCCCCACUGCAGCCUGCUGAUAUUGUUUUAAAUUUCUCAUCCUAUUCUUAUGAAACUGCCUUGUGUAAUCCUAAGAGCCUUCAUGCCUGUGUUUCUGCUUGCAGCAGCCUUUUACACCUCCAGUACAUGAGUUAUGGCUGUGCAUAAGGGGAUCCCACCAUAAUAUGGGCCUUUAGAUUACUCUGGACUUCCUUAAAUACUAAGCCUAAUGCAGGUUGAUGCCAGCUUGUUGACUUGAAGGCAGUCCAUUUCCAUUUCUACUUAGUUCAGAAGACUCUUGUCUCAUGGAUCAUUAGCAAUAUUGGUGAAGAUGAAGCAGAACCUUUCUAACUACACACUGCUUCAUUUUUUGUGUGUACUUAAUAAAAAUGAAGAGGGCUCGUUUUUUUCCAGGUGGCUUUGCUCCAACUGGUAAGAUUUGUGAGGGUCUUUUUGUUCUUGACCUUUCUCUACCCAGGACACUUUUUGGGGUAGGGUUGGUUUUAUUCUUUUAAGAGAUAUGAGCAACUACCAAAAAGAGCUUCUCGCAAGGGAGCUAACACAAUAUAACGUCACGUGAGUUUGACAAACAAAAACAAUUGUUUAGUACUAGUUCCUGAUGUUCAAAAUGUUAUGUAAAUUUAAGAUCACAGUAACAAAUGUAAAAAUGAAAAGCCUUAUGUAGUCCUUGCAGCCCUAGAAAGAACUGCAUACAGAAAAUGUUGGCCUUCUGCUUGUGAAUUGCAUUCUCCUUCAUGACUCUAAUGUUGAGAUCUUUGAUGUUUUAUUUGACACAGGAUGUGAACAAAUUGAUUUUGUAGUCAUAAGCUGCUAAGAGUCAAAAUUCCACAAGUGAUAAUUACCUUGUUUAAUCCUUUGAAUGGAUUUUGAUGCACUUAUUAAUAGAUUGAAAAUAAUAAAGUAUAUGAAUUGUU